CGGGGCUCAGGUGACGCCACAGACGAGUGAGUGUAUGUGUUAUCACGAUGAGCCACUUUGGGGUGGACAACCACCGGUCUCAUCAAUGAGAGAAGGUUUGAAAGAGACAAGAUGGCAGCAUACAUUGUUGGACAACCUUUAUGGGGCAAAACACAUGUAAUUUAAUAACCACGCAUUUGAUAAAUUCAAACAAACCGCCUGCAACUGGACAUUGAAGUUUAGAAGACAUUGGUUGUCUUCCAAGUCAGGAAUUGAGGAAGUAUUGACAAGUUCAGGUUGGUCAAAAAUGCUCUGUAGUAUGGCAAACAGUAACGUUACUUAUCUAAUAACACCCAUCAGCCAGCUGGAACAGUGUAAUGUCUGACUAGGCAAUAUUGUGUGUAGCUAAUUACAGACCUACCUGUGGCAGAGAGUAGUGUUUGUAGAACUGUCCACUGAAAUAAAGAAAUGUACAAUAACAUGGUUUUACAGUGGGGUUGGCUACAUAAAAUGGAAAACUGAUAAUAGGCCUAGCUAUCACAUAACGAGAUGACUGGUCCCCAAAGCAGACCUACAGGGAAAGUAAUGGUGGAAUUGUAGAUGGGAACACCGCCCACUGAAAUACUGAAGGGAAACGUUACAUAAACAGGGACAGCACAAUAACAUGGUGAACCAGUGUGCGUUUGCAGGGCUGGUUUACAUCAACUCGAAAACUGUCAAAAGAGAGGAUGUAUAACAAAUUAAUCUGGUCCUACUUUGGACAAUCCAGAUCAGACGCCAACGCAUGGUGCAACGACGAUUGCACACCAGGAUUUGGGAGAAAAGAACCAAAGCAACUGCACAAACACAUUCGUGCACUCGCUUUACUUCCAGUCAAAGAGCAGGCGUGCAGCAAGCACGAAACAAAAGUGCAUGUGUGAUCACUUGUUAUUAUAAAUUCUCAACCUCAACAACAGAUGGCGGUACGAGUCUAUCGACUCAUUUUCACCCAAGGAAGAAGAAGAAGAAGAACUUGGCUUCCGGCUAAACAGUAAACACAUGUGGCAGCGAUAGUUUUACACUUUAGGUGUUCCAGCAAUGACGCGAUGGGCCAGAGCCAACAACGUCCACAAACACAAACCUGCUGAGGCAACACCCUGGAGCCAGCUUAGAACCAGAGGGGGAGGAGUAGGGAGGGGUCGUCCAGGCCCUUUUGGAGGUUCAGGAGGUGCUAGCUCUAGCCAUGGUCUUGGGGGUUGGGGAAGAGGUAGGGGAGGAGGGGGAGACCCUCUGAGGCGAACGCAGCUCGGCGAUGCUGGGAUUAAGAAGCCCUGUCGGAAGAAGAAAGACUACGACAAUGAGGAUGUGAACGGCUUCAUGGAAUACCUUCAGAGUGGCGGGGCUGGGACGUCCAGGGGAGGUGGAGGGGCAGGGAUGGGGGGACUCAGGGAAGAGGUAGAGACAGCCCUGAAGAAAGACAGGAGGAGAGAGGACAGGAGGAUUAAGAGACAGGAUGACAAGAAGAGCAGCAUGGUGUGUUUUAACUGUAGGAAGCCUGGCCACGGGUUGGCUGACUGUCCGGAGGCGGACCGAGACGAGGAGAUGGGAAGGGAAAUCUGCUACCGCUGUGGAUCCACAGAACAUGAGAUCCAACGCUGCCGUGCUAAAAUAGAUCCUGCUCUAGGGGAAUACCCGUAUGCCAAGUGUUUCAUCUGUAGUAAGACUGGCCACCUGUCCAGGUCCUGCCCAGAUAACCCCAAAGGACUGUACGCUGCAGGAGGUUGUUGCCGUGUGUGUGGUUCAGUAGAGCACUUCCAGAAGGAUUGUCCUGAGCACCAGGCCGCGUCUAACCAAGUGACCUUGGGCUGGCUGUCCAAUAACAUGAGUGCCGACCACGAGGAAGUGCAUGUGCCUGUGAAGAAAGCCCCGCCCAAACGGGCCAAGGUAGUGGUCUUCUGACCUGCCAAUCCACGCAGAGGACUCGCCAGAUUGGACAGGACUGACAUCGACACAUCCCAAGACUGAAAUCCACGAAGGGCGUUCGUUCUGUCACCGUUCUCACUCUCUCUCUCUGAGCUUUGACAAACAACAUCCAUAGUCAGGGAAAAUGGAGAGCUGCUCUUGACUGCCAUAUUGGAAAGCGCCCUCUGUGGUCUCACACCCUGGACUCUUGUGUAUAGGACUGGAAGUGAUUUGUAUGGAUGGGACGAGACUGGAGCCUGUAGUGUAUGCUAGCUAGCGGGUCGCUCCUGUAUCUAAAGAUGUGUUUUUAUAUCUCGCUAGCCAUCUAUCCUGUGUGUCUCAUGUUUGGUGGUGUGUUCUCUCAUCCAUCCCCAGGUGUCUGAGAAACAAAAAGGUUAAAAAUAUAGGUUUUUAUUUGCAUUUCACAGAAUUUGUUUUGUCAUCGAGUAUCAUUACUGCACGUUCACUCACAUCAACAUCUGAAAUAUUUCUUGCAAAAUUCAAUAAAUUAGACUGAUAUUACA